AUGGCGUCGGCAGCUAGGUGUGCGACAGAACAUCGUGGUGGAGGAAGAAGUCAAACACGACGAGUUAGAGCUCUACCAAUUCUUGCAGCGCGGCACAUGGCGGACGUGCGACAGCGGACGUCGAUCAGGCACGGUGCAAACGAGAGACGGGGCGACGACGCCAUCGCGGAAGUCCAGCGGAGUUACCGUGUGUAUGUGUUUAACCCUCUGAUUGUUUUUUUGGAGAUCCUUCGAGUGCAUUCAAGUGCUGAUGGACGAGGAGUUUUGGAUCUCAAGUUUCACCCGAGACAAUCUUGGUUGUUCACGACGGGUGCAGAUUCCUUUAUUAAGCUCUAUUGUCGUUAA